CAGUCGCACCGAAAUUUCGCUUGUGAAACCCACGCCGGUGGCCCUCGUGUCCCGCCGGCAUCGAUCUGUGAUCGAUUAGACCGCGAGAUAUAACCUCGGAGUUUUAAUCGAAAGAAAGUAAUAAUAGUAAUUUUGUGGUGGAAAAAAGUGAGGUUCUUUGUUAUCGAGGAUGAGGAUGAAGAUCGCAUGGCUUCCGGCGCUUAUAUUCUGCGCGACCUUGGCCCUGGUGGCCGCCAGCCUGGAUCUCGGGCCGAUCAUCAAGACUGCGCAGUGCCGAUCGACGUGCCUGCGACGUUACAUGAACAACGGCUAUUGCUCGAAUUUAGAUAAAAGCGAAAUAAAUGACUGCGAGGAGUGCUGGGACACUUGUGACAUCCUCAGUCGUUUGGAAAAAGAACAACGACACAAUACGUGCAUGCAGCGCAAUUACAAAGCAAGUCAUAUACAACUGACAAUUCUACGUUCCGUUUUGUUAAAUUCGUCAACACCUGACAUUCCAUUCCGGCUUGAGUGCCAAGGUUGCGACACUGCGUGCAAAUUUUUUGUGUCACGCGGGAUGGAGGAAGACAAAUAUGAGCCGACUAAGUUACCAGCUCCCGAAGAAAACGAAACUAUCCAUUUGAACGAUUACGAUGUUGCCGUAUUAAUGCAAAAGAAUUGGGAAGGAAUAUGGGAAGAAGAAAAUUAUUAUUACGUUAAACAGCAGCCUCCAAUGAUACCGGGCGGCUGGGUCAUCGUCGUCACGGACGAUGGCGUGGUCAAGCACUACAGUUGGGAAAAGUGGAGGCCACAGCUGCAGUUGCUCAAAACCGGUGGUCCUCUCUACCAGGCCUAUAUUGUGUGGCAAGACUGGCAAACUCAAUUGAAGAAUCAACGCAAAAGGGUUCCUUCAAAAUACUAUAAGAUCGUGUUGGAGCGUCGGGCCAUGAAAGAGAAACAGUAUAAACCGUCCUUCGUCGUUACCUGGGAGCAGGAGACGGGAGACGGUAUUAUGGGCAAUCAGGUAACGGAAAGCGAGUCGGCACAGAUUUCCUUGCCGUGCGGUAAAUAUUUGGUCAGAGUAGCCACCAACAACGGUCCUGGUAGCUACCCGAUCGUCGUCGACACUGGGGCCUGCGAGAUCCCCGAGAUAUCGAUCUGGGACCUAAAGUACGUCAUGACUAACAGCGACAUAAAACUUUUGAUGUUAACCAUUUCCGUGGUAAUGGGAAUCUUCUGUUCUCUUACUUCUCUGUAUUUAUUUAAAAAGUAUCGAAUAAAGAAUGGAAAAGAGAGCAAGAUGGAGGAGGGACACUUGACGAAGGCGAAGAAGGAGCUGAUGAGAGAAGGAAACCUGAAGAAUAUGCAGAAGAAACUGAUGAAGAGGUUGUGCCCCAAUUACAGUCAUUCAGUCAAUCAACCGCGGGUCAAAGAAACGAACAUGAACGUUAACGCGAGUGUAAAAAACGCGAAUGCGAGCGCGCAAAACGUGAAAUGCGAGAACGCAAAUGUAACUCAGAAAAGCUAGCUCCUCUAAAAAAGAAACUUGAUGGAA